CCCCCCCCAGGGCCGGGAGGCUGCUUCUGGCCGGGGCUCAGCGGGCAGCUUUCUGGGCCAACCAUUUCUGAUCCCAGCCGGGGUGUGAAGCCUCCUGUCUGAGGGCAGAGCAGAGCCAUUCCAUCUCUGCUCAGCCUCGGACGGCAGCAGCAUGGUGCUCCGGGGAGCCUGCCUCCUCCUCUGCCUCCUCUCCCUCGCCCAGGUCUCCGACCAACAAAAUGCCAAAGCAAAGCAAAAACCAGCAGCUUCUAAGAAAGAUGGUGUGAGCCUCAAAAUGGUUGAAGACCUAAAGGCCAUGAUUGACAAUAUCUCUCAAGAGGUUGCUCUGCUGAAGGAAAAGCAAGCACUCCAGACAGUUUGCCUGAAAGGCACCAAAAUUCACCUGAAAUGCUUCCUCGCGUUUCCGGAGAUCAAGGGGUACCACGAGGCCAGCGAGAGCUGCAUCUCUCAGGGGGGCACGCUCAGCACCCCCCAGAAUGGGGAGGAGAAUGACGCCCUCUACGACUACAUGCGUAAGAGCAUCGGUUCCGAGGCAGAGAUCUGGCUGGGCCUCAACGACAUGGCGGGAGGCAAGUGGGUCGACAUGACGGGCAGCCCCACCCGCUACAAGAACUGGGAGACCGAGAUCACCACCCAGCCCGAUGGCGGGAAGCUGGAGAACUGCGCGGCCUUGUCGGGGGCCGCCGUUGGCAAGUGGUUCGACAAGAGGUGCAGGGAGCAGCUGCCCUACAUCUGCCAGUUCAUGAUCGUGUAGCGGCAAGGGCUUUCCCCUAGCCCUGCCCUCCCAUCAUGGGUCUUCCCCCACCCCCCACCCUCCCUCGGCAGCAGGAUUAUAAAGCUAUAGGUAUGUGUAGGUGUACAUGUACGUAUGCACACAGGCGUUCAGGUAGAGUCACUUCUUGGCAGAGAAAGUCACCACAGCUCGGUGCUGGGUUAGAGAGCCUUCGAGCAUCUCGUUUGGCCACGUCCAGCACCGUUAGCAGCUGCAUCGUUCUUACUAAGGCACAAUUUAUAGAUAUAUUUUUUUACACAGGGAAUUUAUUAGGACAGCUCAGUUGUUUCAGCAAAGAACCAGUGCAGCAGUCCAGCCUGGCAAAAAGCCGCCUUUGCUGCCUGGGGCUGUCACUCUGCAAUGUCUUUUCCCUUCUUGCUGAGCUUUUUUGGAUCACCAGCACAGCUAGUUCAUAGAAUGAUUGAAUUUUCAAGGUUAAGAUCAUCUAGUUCAAACCCCCCCCACUAGAUCAGGUUGCUCAGAGCCCUGUCCAGCCUGGCUUUAAAACUUCCAGGGAAGGGGCAGCCACCAUCUCUCUGGGCAGCCUGUUCCUGCAGAGUGCACACUUCUGAGGCUGUCACUAUUGUCAAACUCUCCGCUGUUCAAAUUAUUAUAAAAUAAAUAUAUAUAUAUAGCUUGCU